UGUCGGCCAUUACUGCUGUAGAGAGCGCUCAAGUUUGUCCAGGUGGGAAAAGGUUUCGUUGCAUUGGGGAGUUGUUUGAAUCAAAUGGCCUAAAACGAAAAUUUUUGGACAGUAUGUUUUGCGGUGGUAGACCUCAGCAAAGAGGACAUGACCAACAGUUUGCUCCUUGUGAGCCCACACCUUACGUUCCACCGCCUGACCCCUCCACCGCUCCCUUUGGUCCGGAUCUUGGACCAGCUCCCUGUCAUCUACCUCCUGGUCAGUACCCCUAUGGAACCGGCUUCGUAGAGAAGCAAGCGAGAGACCGGCAUGGCUUUACCCCAUACUAUCAAGGAGAAUGCAGGCGUUCUCCAUCUGGCAGGAGGUAUCCUCCACCCGGCUCGGGAGAAAAUCACGGACUGGGCAGUGGGCCUCCGAGGGAGCAUACCAGCAAACCACCUGACCCAUCGCUGCUGCAUGGUGGCUUCUCUAUAGACCAUAGCCUGGUGCUAUCCAUUGGCAACGGUCAGACUUGCUCAUCAUCCCGAGCAGAAUGCUUCCAGUUUCCAGAUCCCAGAAGAGCACACUCCCUUGGACAAGACCGCCUUAAGAAUGAGAGGGCAAGUGAAGAGUUUCUCAGCUGCCUUGCUGCCAAGGAGAAGUACCCGGUGCCUGAAAGAGCUGCAGACAAGGGGGACCCGCACUACAGACCUCCACACCCUGGAAAGGAACCAGGGUGUGGGGCAGAUUAUCAGGGGCACAAGAGACGAAGCCUUAGCCGAGGGAGGAGCUACAGAAGGAGUCAGGGGCGGAGCAAAAGCCGGGCCCGCAGCAGGAGUCGUAGCCGGGGGAGGAGUAGGGGGCGGAGCAAAAGUAAGCCCUGGAGCAGGAGUCGUAGCCGUGGAAAGAGUAGGGGGCGGAGCAAAAGUAAGACCUGGAGCAGGAGUCGUAGCCGGGGGAGGAGUAGGGGGCGGAGCAAAAGUAAGCCCUGGAGCAGGAGUCGUAGCCGUGGGAAGAGUAGGGGGCGGAGCAAAAGCCGGCCCCGCAGUCAGAGUGGCAGCUGCAGAAGGAGUCGAGAGCGAAGCAGGAGCCGGAGAGAAGGGAGGGGACAGCGCCCUGGUCAAAGCGGCAGCACCAACACGAUGGGUCUUCCUUCAAAGAGCAACAUGAUGGAGGUGCUUCAACGACUGAUGCUGGCCAGCAGACGCAAGGAGCUGGAGGAGAUGCUGUCCAUGUCGAGCACUUCUACAAUGAAGAAGCCACUGGUCUCAGAGAAUAAACCCCCGGGCAGCUCACAGACUAGGGAUCCCUUCCAUGAAGCCUCAGCGGAGCAUCAGAGCAGCGUUCUCUCCAGAGAGACGGCGCGCCUUCUCGGUCCCAUGGCCAAGGGGAUGGAGUCAGGUCUGUUUGCCUCCUUUCUGGAGGAACUGAGAGCAGGCUCCUCUGAGAAGGUGCAGCUGAUGAGACAGAACCUUGAGGAGGGGCAGUAUGCAGACUCCGCAGGCCGGGUCAAGCAGGAACCACAGGCGGGGGGCGCCAGUGAGGUCCUUCUCCCUCACGAGAGGGUCAGUCAGGACAGCAGUGGGUUCUCCAGGAUUUUAGGCCUGAUGGGGGAGAGGAGGAGCAUCUUUAUGGACAUUGAAGACGAGGAGGAGUUCCUUUAUGGGGAUGGAGGUGAGUCGCGGGCCGUUGCCAAGUCUGGAGGGAGCACAGGCAUUGGAGGCCAUCUUACUCUUGGGAGACCUCAUCUGCAGGCACAGCCAGACAUAAGGGGUUGUCAACCAAGCCAGCCCACAGCUGUGACCUCCGAGAGAGACAGCAAGGCAGGGGCGUCCUGCCAGCUGUCUCUGCCUAACAGCCGCCCACCCGGAGCCGGUCCUCAGGAGGAGAAGGAAACGCCGAACAUGGUUGAUUUUGAGAAGAUCAAGAAGGCACUUCAGACCAUCGGGCUGGACAAAAACUUGGAGGAGAUCUGCAAUAUGGCGUCCAGAACCAGGGAGUGUCUCGUCGCAGAGAGGCUUGAAGACAGAGCGGCCUUGCCCAGAGGGAGGAGUUGCAGUGCUAGCCAAAAACGGAGCGACUCUCCAAGCCCACAGAGAGACUCCAGGGCCUCAAAAAUGGAUACCCUGGUGAAUCUUGACCCUCAAAUUGCUCACAUGGGGAUUAGCCACCCACAGAGGAAUUUUGAUGAGAACAGCAAUAAAAAACGAAAGGUUACUGAAGAAGGGGAACGUCUGAAGACAGACAGACAGAUACUAAUGAAGAGGAAAGAGUAUCUUAUGAAGGAACUGGAGAUAUUAUUAAAGCAGCAAGGUUCUGAGUUUCUGGUGCCUGUGAUAGGGUUUUACUGCCAGGUGUGUGAGGAGUUUUUGGGAGAUAUUGCAAGUGCUGACAAUCAUGCCAUGUGUCACAGCAAAGGGAAACACAAGAAGCAUGCAGAUGGGUUAUAUAAAUUGAGCAGAAAUAUUGACGGAGAAGAAAGGGCCAUGGAGCUCAAACGAGCAGCAUUCAAGGAGUGGCCCCAAGGUCACAGCCCAAAGGACACCAGAGAGCAGGUCCUGGUCAAGGAGGAAGAGCCCGACAUCGCAAGACCUGAGAGAGAAGCCAUUGAACCCAGACCAGCAAUGCCAUCAAGUACUCGAGAGGGAAAGGAGGAGAAGGCCAAGAAUUCUGUAGAGAAAGUGAGCAAGUAUUCGAAGUCAGCCAAAAAGAAGAAAAAGAAGAAAGAGAAGAAAGAGAAGAAAAAAGAGAAAAAAAGGAAAAAAGAAAGAAAAACGGGUGACUCAGCAUAACCAUGGGGCUAAUGGUGGGGCAGUUCUAAACUAACACACAAGUCACCUUACACAGCAUCUGCAUAGAAUUUAAAAUUCUAUGGCACAAAAGCUCAAAUUCAACCUAAACCAUCUGGAUUGCGCCAUAUGAUGGUUUUUAAUGAACUGUGAUUAAAAAAAAACACACACACA